AUGACGAUAUUUUCCGAUAGUUCUUCGUCGCCGCAUUCUUGGCUGUUGCUGCCGCCGUACCAUCCAGCUACAAGCCGGAAUACAAGGCUCCCAGCUCCCCCUGCCCCAAACUACCCGGCACCAAAGUACCCUACUACUAGCUACCCCGCACCAGCCUACCCCGCACCAGCCUACCCCGCACCAGCCUACCCCGCACCAGCCUACAACAAGGAUAACAAAUACGCUGACAUUACCAUCACCAGUCAAUCUGAUGAGCGCAACCUCGAUGGCAGCACCCAAUGGAGCUAUGCCCAGUCUGACUACACUACCCGUGAAGAGUCCCAGGUCCAGAAAAAGAUGCAAGGAGUCACCUACGAUUCUUACGGAAAAGAAUCGUACGGUGAAGUCUUAGGCAACACCAACAAAGGAUCCUCUUACUGGGUUUCUCCUGAAGGCCAGAAAUUCACUUUGACUUGGGCCGCUGAUGAAGCUGGAUUCCAGCCCAAAGGUGACCACUUGCCCGUCGCUCCCGUCCACGAAUACGAGCUCCCAGUUGCUCCCGUGCAUGAAUACGAACUCCCAGUUGCCCCCGUCCACAUCCCUUUCAACGGCAAAGGCUACAAGAUCUACUAAAUUAAUGAAAUAUCAAUUGCAUAAAUAAUUUAAAGCCAUGUAUUUCAGGCCUUACGCCUCUUGGCUCUUGGUGUAAAAACGUGUAAAUAUAAAGCGGAGACUAUCUA